UUCGAGCUACCAUUCUUUCACCUGAUCAACGCCUCAGCGCCCUUGGCGUUACUGGAACCGAGACAGACUCCACGAAAGGUGUUACAGGCAGCCAGGCGCCUGAAGGACGCCAUCGCUCGGCUUCCCGAGGAUAAACGUCUAGCAAUUGAGAGGGAAGACCAAAUCCUCGCGGACAACGCCAGGAUCGCACGCGAGUCGCGACUCAACGCCAGGGAGGCGGCAAAACGGAAAGCAAUUAUCCACGAGGAGGCCCUCCUGGACCACGACGCCCUCGACCUCGAGAAGCGAUUCUUGGAGCUGGACGCCAAGCGUAGGCGUACAACCGACGCCCCACUCAUCGUACAGGUCAACUGUACUCCAACGCAAACCGGGCUCCCGGCCAAAGAGCGCGUAUUAGUCGAGGGGACGUUCACCGGACCGCCAGGCCCCCACGCCACGACAAUUGGGAAAAUCACCGCCCGACUUCGAGCAGAGAGAGCGUUGGAAGAGCGCAUCGCUCGGACUGGUGCAAUCCGUACGGGAAUUUUAACUCCGCCGGUAACCCCGUUACCGCCACUACCGACCCCAGAGGAACUGCACGUCCCGUCAGCCGAGACUCUUCCAACGACUCCCGGCCCUCUCCCGUCUACCCCUAGACGCCAGCGCACGGAGGCCGAACUGGUGCAGAGUUUAACAAAGGACGGCUGCACUCUCCGCCCGGUUUUAACGCGGAUCGACACACCGAUAGACAAGCCGACUAAAGGAAAGUCUCUCCGCAAAGGAUCGAAGUCCAACGCCGAUACACCACAGCCUGUGCCGUCCUCAAGCUCGGCCACGGAGACUGACCUCGAGUCUCUAAGGAUCAAAGUCAUAAAGGCAGCGACACCGAAGAUAAAAGAAGUCCUCCGGGAAUAUUGUACGGUUGCGCCACGGUCCAAGACUCCGGAUAGCCGAAAGAAAACUCAGCACGCAGAGAGACAAACUCGGAGCAGGUCAACCGGCCGAACACCCAGGCAACGGGAGUUGUUCGGAACAGAAGACGAGGAGGCCCUUCUACAGGACCCACCCGCCUCAACCAGCACUGCUCCGUCCUCGCGUCCUACCAUUCGGGGUCGCUCUCGGGUCCGCCGCAUCUCAUCAGACGACGAGCUCGAAGAACAGCACGACGUAGGACGGGGAGAAGAUUGGGUCCAAGGCAUCUGGGCCUCAGACCCGGGCAAUGACGAGCCACCACCGUCCAACGGCACCACUAACAGAAACUAAACGGACACAUCUCCUGAGCAGCGGAACACCUUGCUGCUCAGGAAAAGCACAGAUGAGACGGAGCGCUCAGAUCACCAGGCCGAGGCAACACCCUAUCCAUCGGCCAACUUUUACAUGCUAGCCCUUGAAACCCAGACAUUAUGCGGCGGAACAUUAUGCAGUUUCCCUAUUGUAGAAGGGGUCCUUGUUAUCAAUGAUGGGACUUAGACGAAAUCCUAGAAUAUC